AUGAAGGAGAAACCAACUGGACAAACUUCAGGCAAAAAUCGCAAGGAUGAUAGCUCUUCCGAUGAUUCGUCUGAUGGCGAAGAGAUAAUCAUCACCAAGAAAAAGUCGUUUGGUAUCCGAGUGGCGCAGAAUCCUCAGCAAGUCAAGCAGGAGGUCGUCAAUCAGAUCGGAAAUUUGGCGCCGGCGAGACAAGCUAAUGAAGUCAUUGUUGAGCAACCCGUCCAAAUCCAGGAGAAGUCCGAAGCUGAGAAGAAGGCGUUGGAGGAACGCCAGAAGAUGAUCGAAGCUCAGAAACUCGCACAAGCUCAACAAGCGGCUGCACUUCAGGCAGCCGCCGCCCGAAUGGCUCAAACGCAGAGCAGCGCUGGACCAUCUGCUGACGAAUCACAGGCACGUUUUGAAGCUGAAAAGAGGGCUGCUGAGGAGCGAUUGGCGGCUGCGAAGGCGCAACAAGAAGCGGCGCUGAAGGCGGCGCAAGAGCAGGCCAAGAAAGCGCAGGAAGAAGCAUUGAAGAGGGCGCAAGCGGCGCAGGAAGAAGCCAAAGCUCGAGCUCUGAAGGCUCAACAAGAAGCGAUCGCUAGAGCGCAGGAAGCGCAGAAGAAAGCGCAGGCUGAAGCGCAAGCUCGUGCUCUCGAAGUUCAGAAGAAAGCACAAGCCGAGGCUCAAGCUCGUGCUCAGGAAGCUCAGAAGAAGGCUCAGGCAGAAGCGCAGGCGAGAGCUUUGGAAGCUCAGAAGAAAGCUCAAGCCGACGCACAAGCUCGUGCGUUAGAAGCUCAAAAGAAAGCGCAAGCUGAGGCUCAAGCAAGAGCAAAGGCUCAAGCAGAAGCUCAAGCAAAUGCAAAGAAAGCUCAGCAACAACAAGUUACGCCAGCUCCAGCACAAGCAUCGAAGCCAGCACAGUCUCAACCAACUAGAUCUGCUCAAACCCAACCAGUGAAGCCUGCUCCGGUGCAGCCAGCUGCACCGCAAGGUCAACCAGCGAAAGGAGCGUUGGCAAAGACCGAAAUUGCGUCUCAAGAAAUUCAUACGGCGACUGGCCCAAAAUGGAGUCGUGCUCCUGGAAGAGUUCAAGCUCAAGAGCCACAAUUCGAUCAGCCGAAGCCGAGAGCCGAAGUCGCGCCACCACAAGGCAAAACCGCGCUGCGUCAAACUGCUCAAAUCCAGGAGCAAGAGCUCGCCGCUGAAAAGACGCCGAUCCGUUCGCCGAUGCCGACGCGAAAACCGCAAAUCCAGGCCGAACAUAUCGCUGAGAAGUUCGUCGAGAAGCCUGAAAGCCAACCGGAGAAGAUUGCGGUACAUCAGCGAGGGCAACUCGAGGGCGCCAAGCGAUGGCUCGACGAUUCAGCAGCACGCGAAAGUCGACAACAGCCGACGAUGCAGGUUGAACGUGGUCCCGCCGCUGUUAUUCUUCAGGAUGACGCAUGCUGGCAGACGCAGAAGCGUGUUCCAGUCGAAUUCACGCCACCACAAGUUGGCAAGAUUGCGAUUCCGGAGCUAACCGAGAAAGAAGUUCAGAGAACGAUUGUUGCUCAGCCGGCUUCGUACCAAAAGGUGAAGUGGAACGAGUUCCCCGAGGAGCCUCAGGUCGAGCUUAUCACCGCGCCGAAGACGAAGACCCAAGAAUGGGUGCCGGUGAAUCAGGAGCAGAACGAGCUUCAACGAAGCUUCUAUAAGCCGGCGAGAAUCGCCGCCGUCUGGCCUCCGCCGCAAGACGAAAUCGUUAAGGAGGGAGCUACACCACUUGUCGUUAAGGCUUCCGACGACACCGCUUGGAUCAAUCAAGAUCAAUCGGGCGUUAUGAAGCAAGCGAUUUGGGGUAAAACUUCGCGUAUCAAUCGGGUCUGGCCGCCGCCGGAGCACGAGCUCACGCAGGCGGACAUCUCAGGACCCGAACACAUGCCGGUUGUCCAGUGGCCGCCACCAGAAGCCGAGGCUCACGAGCGUGAGCAGGUCGAGAUUCUUCAAAAGCACAUACCGACGAAGAAGAUCGAACGACAAUGGCCACCACCGCCGCCACAGUAUCGCGUUGUCGAGUCGAGCGGAGAAAUUGAGACGCGCUACAAUCCGGCCGAGAUCGAACAGCAGCAACAGCAACAGCAAGAUCAACACAAUGGACAUGCGGUGAAUAGUCUGCGAAUGGGCCAUAUUCAGGCUUAA